AUGAGAAAAAUCAUUUUAUUCUUUCUUUGGUUGCCACUACUUUGGUUGCUACUUCUUUUAUUGUGGAUCCUGACUCCAAUCUACUUCUUUGAAGCUACUUGCGAGCUGCUCUUCGAAAAAUAUCGCUAUCCCACAUCGAGUCGGAUCAUCGCCGAGUGCUCAAUCUGCCUGGAAGGGAUCACAACGGUCAAGGAAACCAAGUUGCGCUGCGGACACCCGUUUCACGACAACUGUAUCAUGCGGUGGCUCAGGGAGCACAAUCGCUGUCCAAUGUGUCGGGCGGGUAUCUGAACUGGAAUCUUCAAAUUUUGGGCACAUUUUACUCGAAAAUCUUUUUGGAAACGCCUACAGUUAGAUAAGCUUUAAUGAAAUGAUUGAACAGCUCACUGUACUUGAAACUGUCAAAUUACCGGAUACUUACUGUAAGAAUUAAUCGUGCUAAAAUGUGAUGAUUUAGUUUUUUAAAUGGAAAAAUCGACUCCUGUAAA